GCCACACUAAGUCUGAUUGGCACAACAAACGAAAAAGUUUGCAAUUCCAGGCGCUGUUUAUUUUGCUUCUCCAGCAAGCAAAAAGCAACCCACUGGAAUUCACUUUACGCACAAAACGACAUCAGAACGCAGCAGGAUGUGGAAAGCGUAGUAGAAAGGUAGCAGACAACACGCAACGAAGGCCGGAAAACGUGGAAAUGACUAGCUAAUUAAUUAGCUAAGUAGGCAAAGAAAAGCGGCGAAAAUAGGUGUACCUUCUAAAACCAACAAUAAAUUCCGAUUUGUUGCAAAAUUUAUACCCAGCCAAGGCUUAAAAUGACAUCAUACGCAAAUGACACGACGGGCGCAGCAACAAACACAGCAACUUCAGCAGCAGCAGCAGCAUCAGCUGGCGCAGUGGAAGCAGCAACAACAGCAGGCACCGCCCCCCAAUCAGCUGUGGGGGGCGUGGCCACUGCAGCUGAUUCAUCCAAAGUCAAGAGCCGCGACAAUUUGUCCAUCAGCCGACAAACAUAUGGCGACGAAGAUGGCAACAGUAGCGAUGGACGCGAGAAGGCCGACACCACACCGGAAAAUAUCAAGAAAAUCGCCGAAAUCAUCGAUAGUCCGGAUGGAACGACCUCGGCCAACUCGCCCAUCCCCUCCCCCCGACAUGUGCAGCUCAGGAACCCCAUGAAUCCGGGCUACGUGGGCCUCGGGGCCGCCAUCGAUGACUCCUGCGGCAAGUUCUGCCUUGGCAAGCCGCCACCAUCGCCGGCCGAGAAAGCGGCGGCACAAGGCAGAGCGAACCAUCAGCAUGGCACUCCACCUGGCCACAGCAGCUCCAACAGCAACAGCAACAGCAACAGCAACUCCAACAUCAAUGCCAACCAUAAAUACGGUGUGGAUGAGGAGGAGAACUCGAGCGAGUCGAAUGCAACCACCAAAGCGGCGCUGGCCUUCACCAUUGAUCAUUUCGAUGCCUCGGAGAACGAUUCUGCGGCUCAGGCGGCGCGUUACAAGAACAUGAUGGAACGUUUCCAGAGUCGCCACAAGCGAGGCGCCUCCAUGUCCAAGCUGGAGACGGAAAAGGAUAACACCACGACCACCGCGACCUCGAACAGUGGACGACAGUCGCAGAGGAGCAGUUUGGAUGCCGGCAGCAGCAUGGCGGAUGAUAUGUCCUCGCUGACGGCGGCCACGCCCAGCAGUGAGCAGGCGCCUCCGGUGCAGGUGAAGAUGCGGGUGCGGGAUCGCAGUGCCUCCCGGGUGCGGGACGCUUCCAAGCGGCACAGCUGGUCGCCCAGGAGCUCGGCCAAUGCGCCGGAGCCCAGUGCAGCAGCACCCGCUGCAACCAGACCCACAAGUCGCUCCAAACUGCCACAUCCGCCGGCGGCGACCAAGGGCACCACCAAUCUGGUGGCCAAUCGCACGGCCAAUCAGUUCACACCCCGCUCCACCGCCAUGCAGCUGGCCCUCCGCCAGGUGGAGAUGUUCUGUCCACAGCCACCGCUGGCCGAUGGCAAGACGCAGUCCGAGAACGAUGCUGUCAGCGAGGCGGGCACCUACACCCUCGACGGGGACAACUAUACGGAGGAGCAGAAGGAUCUCAUGAACAUCGAUAGGAACGGAAAGGGGGCGGCUGCCAAGCAGCGGCCCAAACAACUGCCAGUGAAGUCGAGUCGGGGCAGCAAUGUCCUGGAGGUGAACUACUACCAUGAGACGCCGUUGCAGGAGCAGCUACCACAGCAACUGCCAGCCCAGAGGAGCUCAACAGGUGCCUAUCUGGAUCAACUGAAGAGUCGCGUGCUGCGUCAGCAGAUGCCCCCAUCGCCUCCCACUCCUCCGUCGCCGGCAGCGGACAUGGGUUGCUUUACUAGUGUGACCACCAGUGGAGUGCUGGCCAAACAACGGGCCUUGGACACGCAUCCCAAGCUCACCCGGCACUCGCACAGCUUGUCCACCUCGCAGAUCGACAGCUCCGAGUACGUGAGCAAUGAGGCUAAACUGAGGCACACACAGGCCUUGUCCGGAUCGGCCACCGAUCGGCAGAAGGCGGAGUACCGCCUGAACGUGUUCACCACUAGCACCAAUCAGCAGCAGCAGCAGCAGCAGCACCAGUUGCCGGAGACACCCACCACGCCCACCCAGAGCUCGGAGGCCGCCCUACUGCAGACGGCGCAGACCAAGCAGGACUGGAUCCAGGAGUGGGCUCGCAAUGCCCGGGCCAGAAGUCUGGCCCAGGAUGUUAGUGGCACGAGCGCCAGUCGCCGGAAGCAGCAGCAACAGCAGCAGGCCCAAGCGCAGGCACAGCAACUGAUGACACGCAGCUACAAUUGCUCGGAUACGUGCGGAGACUCUCUGACGGACGACAGCCUGAGUUUGUACAACCAGCAGCGACAGUAUGCGGCGGCGGCCAAGCUCAAUCGCAGUCUGGCGGAGCGGUAUCGCCUGCUGGGCGACUGUGACUACGCCAGCGAUCCGGCGUUGUGCAGCCAUGGCGUCGGAGCUGGUGGAAUCGGCGGCGGACAGAUGGUGGAGCCACCCUACAAGCCACCCAAGAGUCCCAGCAAGAUUCCCUCGCCGCUGCACACGCUGGGACGUGCGCGCAGUGCCAGUCGCUCGCGACCGCCAACGGAUGCCUAUUUGGAGCAAACGGCUGCGGCCAUUAGCAACCUGCAGCAGUCGCUCUCGCGCAGGAGCUCCGUCAAGUCACCGGCUCAGAGUAGUCCGCAGCAUAGCCUGGAAUCGGGAAUGACCGCCGGUGCAGGCGGUGGCUAUAGACGAUCUCCGCUCCACCGGGCACUCAUGACCAGCAGCAUCAACGAGGCGCAGCUGCAGUUGCUCACCAGCGGCGAGUAUCUGCUCAAGCAAUUGCGUCGCCGCAAGAACUCCCUGGAGUACGAUCCUGGCCAGGAUGUGGAGCAGGUUGAGCCAGCUGCUGCACCCAUGUCGCCGCUGCGUCGAUCGAGUAGCUUCCAGCAGCAGCAGGGACAGGGACAGCAUCCGGUGCGUCAGGCGCGUCCCAAUUUCCAGAACCUCUACACACCGCCCGCUGCCCGCCACGCCCACGCCUUGAGCACCGCUCACCAGCAGCAGCAGCAGCUAAAGAAAUCCGCCAGCAGCAAUAACUUUGAGCAGGCCUACAGCGACUAUGACAAUGAGUUGCAGUAUUACAUAAACGAUGAGGAUGAACUGGGCACCACUGGGGCCUACUACUCCAGCAACGAGGAGGAGGAGGCGGAGGCGGAGGAGAACCAUGAGGACCCACAGGGCUCAGUGCCGCUGAGUAACACGCGCAUGAACAAGGCUCUGCUGAUGCGGAUCGAGCGGAGCAAGCAAAGAGUGGCCGGAUCACAGGCUCCGGCCAAACCCACAUCAGCACCAGCGGGAAAGCUGAGCAUGGCACAAAGUGGAGCUGGCCUGGUUGCCUGUCCCAAUACGCCCGAAAUGCCGCGCCGGGGAAUUAAGAGCGCGACGAGGAUGGCUCCAGGAUCGGGCAGUCGCAACACCCGCCAGUCGAUGCCCCGGGAAACAAGCCUCAGUCGGCUGGCACAGCAGGUGCCCAGUUCGCUGGCCAAUGCCAAGAAGCAGCUGCUGCAGACGGCCAGUGCUGGCGUCAACUCCAACUCCAAUCCGAGGGAGCAGCAGCGCGUGCAACCCAAAUACCUGGACAUCUCCAAGUACAAGUCGGCGCAGUCCAAUAACUUUCUGCGCAAGAAUGACGCCAAAAGUACGCUGAAGCCAGCGGAUCAGAUGAAGCGAAGUCCCAGUGCCUCCUCCAUGGGCUUGAGUCGUGGCGAGGGAACGCGGGCCAGUAAUCGGAGUGUGCGCAGUGCUGCCUCUGUGAUGAACACCAGCACUACCUCCCUGGGUGGCGGCAAUCCGGGAUCGAGAAACUCAUCUGCCAUGCGGCGUGAUGCUUCAGUUAACAAGCAAAAGGAGGCCGAAAUGGCCAUGUGGAAGCGUCGGUCCACCUACGAUCCCAUGAAGGCGGCUGCCGAGGAUCGGCGCAGGAAGGAAGAGGCUCGACGUGCCCAAAGCGAAGCUCAGCGACAUAUUAACGAUGAGGCCGAUGAUAUGCCUUUUGAGAGUGUGCUGCGCCCAGCCAACAAUUUGACCAUCACGAGCGGCGGCAACAGCUACAGUCCUCGAAACUCCGUGGAAAACGACGCCUGGACGCUUGGUGAAUCCUCCGAGUUUGGGGAAUAUCCCGAUGACUACGACGAAAACGAUGAGGCGGAGGGAGAUGAGGAGAUUGACUACGUUGGCCAGGAAUCCGAUGAUGUUUUUGAAUCGGAAUCCGGCGAGGCUGCGGUUCAGGACGCACAGUAGGUCAACAGAAAAACAGAACACAAAACCAGCCACAGUGAUAAAUAAUUCGAUAUAUACAUAACUAUAUAUAUAUGUAUAACAUAUUGUAUUUCUUAGCGAUCGAUGUUGCGAUAUAGGCAUAAUCUUCUCUGAGUUUCAUUUAUAGAUUAGCUGACAUGACAUGAUUUUCCCUCGACUUGAUUUCAAUGAAGUUUACAAUUUGUACGCCGAAAAUCAUCGAAUAACCCAAUAAACUGAAUAUGCUUGAGAAAAAAGUUACUCACUUCUAAACUGUCCAUAAGCCAUAGCAGAAAUGUUUUAAAAUGUUCACUUCAAAAAUUUGGAGUUAAAUUCAUUAAAACAAAGCAUAUACUAAAGCUAAAACUAAAAUUAUUAAAAUUGAGUUGUAAAACUUUAAAAGCUUCUUGAAUUGCUGAAAUGUACAAAAAUGAUUCAACUAAAGGGUAUAUUUAGAAAAAAAAUUUAAACAAUGUCGGUUAUGGUGCAAAUGACUUCAAUAUAAAGAAAAUAAAUACUCAGAUGUGACCUAGGCUUAGUGAAGGGCUAGAAAGGAAUUUUAGGCCGACCCGAAAUGACUGCAAUCAAGUGCUAAACGAAACAAUAUAAUUUUAAGAAUUGCUGACCCAAAACACCGGGAAAACUGACCAAACGGAAUUGAUUUGUUUUGUAAUCUGAGCUAAUUUCAAUGCGUUCGAGAUUCAGCCCUUUCUUUGCCCAAAAUACGAUUGCUGGGAGCUGCCCAAGGAAUUAGUUUGGUUGCGGUAGGAAUUUGUAGUUACUCAUGAACUCAUGUCUGUAGGUUUUUUACAUAUACAAACAUAUAUGCGAACACUCGAUGAAAGGUAGCUUACAUAAACAAAUUAUGAUACGGUAUAGUUUUAUAUAUGCAUACAAUACUCUAGCUGAGUACUUCUUAUACAGACGUCUAGUUUAGUACUAUAUAAAUGGAGCAAAUGUGGUAAACGCUUUUUAAACCAAACUAAAUUGUUAAAAUAUUUAUUCUAUGAGGCAAACAGAAUGUUGUCAAAUAUCAUGCAGUGGUGUCGGUGUCCAUAUUUGCAACUGCUCUCUGGAUAUUUAGAGGAUUUGAGUUCAUUUUAAUAACUAUUGUACUGUUUGCAGCAGCCGGUAUUUUAAGUAAUAACUCCGAAUGCACAAGUCAGCUUGAGCAAUAGCGAAUACUAUAAACAAAGACUUUUUCUAAACAAUUUAAAAAUGUCCAACGAAAAAGUUCAGGAGCAGUUGCACGCUUUUAAAAAUUAUUAUUUUAAAAAAAUAUAUAUAUAUAUAUAUAUUUUAAACGAAUUAAAUUGUAAUGCAAAGAAACUACACAACAGCCGUCUAAACAUUUUUAAAAUUUGUAUAUUUUAAGUAUUUAAACAGAGAGCAAUGAAUUGUUUUUCGUAUUGUGUCCUAUUUCUUGUUAUUUUAUUUCUCCAAUAAUUUUAGAUAAACCAAAAUAAACGAAGACAAAAAUAAACAAACUUGAUGAAUCAAAA